UGUGUUUUUAAAAAGUUGACUCUGACUGUUGGGACUACAUUCACUAACCCAUUCACUCUCACUCACUGGAUCGACAAUUUGACCAAAGGAGGACGCAGAGAGGACGAAGUCUGGUCUGUCUUUAUCAAGUGAAGCUCCUACAACAAAGAUAUUACAAGAACGACGGGAUUACUCAGCCACCUCAGCAAGAAUAAAGAGAUAACGUUACACGAGAAGCAGACACCUGUCGCCCUCCAAACCACAGAAACACUUUGGAAGUCAUGAAGCUGAUUGUGCUGCUCUGCUCCGUUCUUCUGCUCUCCUUCUCUGCUCUGUCAGAGGCGGAGGAGAACUGUCUAGACAGCAAUGAGACGCCACCAGACCAGGACGUUCGGGCUGGAUUUACAGAGCCUCAGUGUGAGCGCUAUGGAGCACAUAUGUGCACCAAGCAGUACGAGCCGCUAUGCGGGAGCGAUGGAGAAACCUACAGCAACGAGUGUGUUCUCUGCCGGAAGAUCAGAACCGAGAAGAAAAACAUCCAAGUGACAAAGCAAGGACCAUGCUGAGCUGAAAAGACUUCAGCAGUGAAGCCCUGUCGUAGACAAGAGAUAUGAUUUGGCCUGUACCUUUCAAUAAAGGGACAUACUGCAACGU